AACGUCUUCAUAAAAAAAAACAGAGCAACGUCUUCAUUUCCAAAAAAGAAAUUUCAAAAAAAAACAGAGAAGGAUCCAGAGAGAGAGAGAGAGAGAGAGAGAGAGAUGGGAGAAGUGGUUAUAAACAUUGAUGAGACGAAGAGUUCGAAACAGAGAAUAUCGCGUUGCAGAAUCUGCCAUGAAGAAGAAGCAGAAAGUUUCUUCGAAGUUCCUUGUGCUUGCUCUGGAACCGUUAAGUUCGCACACAGAGAUUGCAUACAACGUUGGUGUAAUGAAAAGGGAAACACCACUUGUGAAAUCUGUCUCCAGGUGUACAGACAUGGGUAUACAGCAAUUCCAAAACCAUCCAAGAUGAUCGAAGAAGAAGAAGUCAUGAUCAGAGAAGGUGGAGGAAGGAGAAGAAGAAGAAGAUUAGUGUCUAUAACUGAAUCAGACUUUACUCAAUGUAACUCUGUUGCUACUUUCUUCAGAUCAUUAACUCUCACUCUAGCAGUGUUGUUGUUGAUGAAACAUACAUUCGAUGUAAUUUAUGGAACGGAAGAGUAUCCAUUCACUGUAUUCACGGUACUAACAUUAAAAGCCAUUGGAAUUCUCUUGCCAAUGUUCACUAUCAUUCAAACAAUCUCAGCUAUUCAGAAAACUAUCCGUCGUCGUCAGCAAUAUCACGAUUCUGAGGAAGAUACGUUGAGCUCAUCCGACGACGAAGAUGAGUUGGAAGAUGAUGAAGAGCAACAACAACAUUUGGCAUAAACACGCAUAUUAGGGAGAUUAACUAUUCUUUUUUAUUUUGUUCUAAUUCAUUUUCUUUCUUUCUUAACGAAAAGCAUCUGUUCGAUGCUCAUUGUACAAUCAGUUGCAAAUUAAAAAUAAAAAGAGACAGUAAAUUUACAUAUAAGAAAA